CCCUAAUCAACUCGUGAAAAAAAAGCGAAACGGAGAGAGAAAAACCGCCGUUCAACACGUUCCGAUUCUCCGCCGCGACUCGGUCUCGAGAUUCGUUAGUUUCCCCGGAUCUCCGUCGUUAAUCCGCCUCCGUUUCGAUCUGUUAAAACUAGAGAGAAAAAAAACGAUGGAUCCGAUGGAUAUAGUUGGAAAAUCUAAGGAAGAUGCUUCGCUUCCUAAAGCUACAAUGACUAAAAUUAUAAAGGAGAUGUUACCAGCAGAUGUUCGCGUUGCUAGAGAUGCUCAGGACCUUCUCAUCGAGUGCUGUGUUGAGUUUAUAAACCUUAUAUCGUCAGAGUCUAAUGAAGUAUGUAACAAAGAGGAUAAACGAACGAUCGCGCCUGAGCAUGUACUCAAAGCGCUUCAUGUUCUUGGAUUUGGGGAAUACGUUGAAGAAGUCUACUCUGCUUAUGAGCAACAUAAAUACGAAACCAUGCAAGAUUCACAGAGGAGUGUGAAGAUGAACACCGGAGCAGAGAUGACGGAAGAGGAAGCAGCAGCGGAACAGCAGAGGAUGUUUGCGGAAGCUCGAGCUAGAAUGAAUGGAGGUGGUGUUUCUGUUCCGCAACCAGAGCAGCAACUAGAUACCCAACAGCCAAAUCUACAAAGCUAAUCAAGAAGGGGAGGAUACUUCUUUUAACAUUUUUUUUUUCCGGUAGCAUUUCUCUGUAAAGUGCAAAGAUUCGUCUUCUUGGUGUUGAUAAGCUCUUUACAUUUUUAACUUAGAUUUGUGUUUUCUUUUGAAUCUAAAAUCGCUUGGGUGAUUCAGAUGUAAUUAGUAAAGCAUUGUCUUGUUUCUUUGCAACUGUCGUUUUCACAUCCUAGCUCCCUAGUCUUUGUAACUCGAUUGUUCUAAAUGCUACAUCUCGAUUUCAA